UAAAGUUUACGACAUCACAGUGCAUUUCAGGUUACAAACACACGACACAAGAAGUAUUAUAUAUUAUGAAACAUACGUAGACGUCAGAAAGUGUUAACAGGAUAUCAUAAUCUAUUGCUGGUUUUAAAAACCAGCCGGACUUCGAAUAUAUAUUGUUAAAUUAAAUUGAACAUUGAGAAAGGUGAACAAUAUUCUAAUUUUAAAUUAAAUCAGCACACCUGUCCCUUUAGAAUGUAGUUAUCAACAAUGUCGGCACUGUAACUUAUAGUAAACAGAUAGGAAGCUGGCACAGCGAACACAAGUAGUUAAUCAGAUUUAUCCUAAUCAAUAGUCAACACUCGACGGUAUAGAAUUCAUAUUUAUCAAUUUAUUAUUAUAAUAAAUAUAAUAUAAAUAUAUUAAUAUUAUACACUAAUAUUUGAUAUUAUUAGAAUUUUAUCUUCAUCGCUAAUGGUGUAGAGUGUGUACUACUGUAGAUCUAUAUGCUGCGCCACAAAGUACCAUAUGAAGUAGCGAGUAUGACUAUUUGUUGAACAUAACAUUAUAAUAUUAUUUACUUAAAUAUUUUGACCUUGACUAGAGGUUAUAUUAUUAUUAGUCAUUACUUGUUGAGUAUAAAGAUAACAGAAAUAAUCGUGGAUGCAUUAACGUAUUUAAUAAUAUAUAAUUGACAGUGAAAAUUAUAUCAAAAUAUAAACAGUUAUUAAUCCAGAAAUUAACAUCUAAAGAACAAAUAUUUAUAAAGUUUUUCGCAAUGUUUUCAAAUUGUGUAAUUACUAGAAAUAUUCAUCAUAGUUGUAAAUUAUUAAUUGUUGGUGGAGGUUCUGGAGGAUGUACGAUGGCAGCUAAGCUCUCAAAAUAUGAACGUGAUGUGAUCAUACUAGAGCCUAAUGACACACACUACUAUCAACCUAUGUUUACAUUGAUUGGUGGUGGUAUGAAAACUAUAUCCCAGUCCCGUUCUUCUACAAAAUCAGUAAUUCCAAAAAAUGUGAAUUGGAUCCAAGACAAAGUCAAAAGUUUUAAUCCAAAAGUAAAUAUUGUAACAACAUCAAAUGGAGACACAAUUAAUUAUGACUAUAUGGUGGUAUCUAUUGGAUUACAAUUUAAUUAUGAUCAAAUCAUUGGCUUAAGAGAAGCUCUUGAUAAAAAAGAUAGUGGAGUAUGUACGAACUACUCAUCUCAAUAUGUGGAAAAAACUUAUCAGAUUUUGCAGAAUUUCAAUGGUGGAAAUGCAAUAUUUACAUUUCCCAAUACACCAAUUAAAUGUGCUGGAGCUCCUCAAAAAAUUAUGUAUAUUACUGAAGACUAUUUAAGAAGAAAAGGUAAAAGAAACAAUGCCAAUAUUAUAUAUAAAACAUCCACACCUGCAAUAUUUGGAGUUAAAAAAUAUGCACAGAAAUUACAACAAAUAUGUAAUGCACGCAAUAUUUCAGUUGGUACAAGGCAAAAUUUAAUAAAAAUAGAUUCUACCCAAAACAAAGCCACUUUUCAAUUUCUUGAUGAACCAAAUAAAACCGAAUCAAUAGAAUAUUCUAUGCUUCAUGUUACUCCACCAAUGGGUCCACCAGAUGUUCUAAUAAAAUCUAGUCUCAGUAACAGUACUGGGUACUUAGAUGUUGAUCCUUAUACAUUACGUCAUAAUGUAUAUGGGAACAUAUUUGGAAUUGGAGAUUGUACAAGUUGUCCAACAUCAAAAACAGGAGCUGCAGUAGCAGCACAAAGUAUUAUCGUUCUUAAAAAUAUGAUAAAUGUGAUGAAUGGUAAGAACAUCAAAGAUAAAUAUGACGGAUACACAUCUUGUCCAUUAGUAACUGGAUAUAGCAAAUGCAUUCUAGCAGAAUUUGAUUAUAACCUAAAGCCGUUAGAAACAUUUCCAAUAAAUCAAGGGAAUGAGUUACGAAGCAUGCUUUUACUGAAAAAACAUGCACUACCAUUUAUUUACUGGAAUAUAAUGCUUAAAGGUUAUUGGAAUGGUCCUAAAAUGAUAAGAAAAAUCAUGCAUUUUGGUCUCGAUUAGAUUAAGAAAAAUUAUAAUGUAGUUAAAUAUAAAUACUUAUCAUGGAUAAAUAAAAUAACUAUUAUUUUGGGGGCA